GGGCCCGGCGCCGGCCACGAGGUCUUCGGCUCGGCCUACUGCACGGCGCUCUACCUGCGCCAGCGCCUGGCCGGCUCGCCGUCGCCCAAGGCCUACGUGCUGGGCAGCCCGGCGCUGGCAGCCGAGCUGGAGGCCGUGGGCGUCGCCAGCGUGGGCGUGGGGCCCGAGCCGCUGCAGGGCGACAGCCCCGGUGACUGGCUGGCCGCGCCGCUGGAGCCCGACGUGCGCGCCGUGGUGGUGGGCUUCGACCCGCACUUCAGCUACAUGAAGCUCACCCAGGCCGUGCGCUACCUGCAGCAGCCCGGCUGCCUGCUCGUGGGCACGAACAUGGACAACCGGCUUCCGCUCGAGAACAGCCGCUACAUCGCGGGUACGGGCUGUCUGGUCCGCGCUGUGGAGAUGGCCUCCCAGCGCCAGGCCGACAUCAUAGGUAAGCCCAGCCGCUUCAUCUUCGACUGCGUGUCCCAGGAGUACGGCAUCAACCCGGAGCGCACCGUCAUGGUGGGGGACCGGCUGGACACGGACAUCCUCCUGGGCGUCACCUGUGGCCUGAAGACCAUCCUGACUCUCACUGGGGUCUCCACGCUGGAGGACGUGAGGAAUAACUGGGAAAGUGACUGCGUGUCUAAGAAGAAAAUAGUCCCUGACUUCUAUGUUGACAGCAUAGCCGACCUGUUGCCCGCCCUUCAAGGUUAAAGAUUUCGUUUCUCCAAUCUCUAGAAUAAAAAAAAAAAAAAAUUGAAAAAUCAGUUACCCAGGUUACUAGGUGGGGCUCGGCCUCCGCUCUGCUAGAGGGCUUCCAGGAAUGUGCUGCAGCUUAAGCAGUGGUAUUAGCUGUUAACCCUGUAAGGGGACAUCUGCAGGUGACUUUGUUUACAGACGUUUGUAUUCUAAGAUGCACUUUUUAAGCUUGGAGGGCACUGUGGGGGUCCUGGGCCUCGGGUUCAGCAUCUGCCCAGGAUCCUGGCAACUUGGGGCCUGCUGGUGGGUCUGGGGGGUGAGUGUCAUGUAUUUUGCUGAAAACCUCAUUCAGGGAUCAGGCCCCUUGCAGAGCGUGGGGAGGAGGGGCUGCUGAUUGUGAGUGUUGUGAGCAGUCUGGACAAAGCAAACCCGGGCCUCCCUCUGGCGGUCUUCCUGGCAGAGGAGGCGGCCACAGCUGCUCGUCGCCUGCAGGGUGGGAGUGGAGGAGGGCUCUUCCAGUGGCAUCUGCCUGUCCUUGGGGUGCAGGGUGUUGCCCUCGCCACCCCCCUCCACCUCCUUGAAAACCAUUCUGAUGUCACAACUGAGCGUCUGUUCCGUUUCAGAUACCCAGGGCUGCGGCUCCACCUAGCACAGUUGCACAAUUCUGUAAACUCGGCCCGGCUGACCCUCGGCCAUCUGAAAUGGGCGUUUAAAUCCAGGUGACCUGUACUGGGCCCAGCAGCCAGGAGAGCAUGGAGGCUGCUGCCGAACCCCAGGCUGCUGUUCAGGGAACCCAGAGUAGUGCUGGUACCAAAAAUCAUGGUCUUAAAAACUCUUCAACAAUGUUGUCAUGUGAUGGAAUGGAAUUUGAGGUGCAUUGUUUAUAGUUGUGCUCUAUCUUUUAGGGGACGGUCCCACUGGACUCGGUACCCGCAGCCAGCAGAUAGCUACAGGCAUGUGCUGGCUGAGAAACGCACACCGUCCAGGGCACUCUCUGGGUGGAGGAAGGGGUGUCUCCAAGAAUAGGAAGUCCUUUCAGAAAGCAUCUGGUCUCCUCCCGUGCUCGUGUCCUCCGCUGGGGUGGGGGUUAGGUGCCCAUGAGGCCAUGUCUCUUGGCCCUGGAUUCCCUUUUCUGUGGCCUGUCCUGUGUCCUGGGUCUGCCGACCUUUGGGGAGAGCCGAGAAGCAGCUGCUUCUGCAGCCCUUGUAGGGCACAGCCUGGGAAGCUGUCCUGUUGGCCAACUUCUUCCCGGCGCUUUGUGCUGCCCCCAGCACGUCCAUCCCCAGUCCCUGGGGUCACAGUCACUCCAUUAUUCAGAGUUUUCAGAGCAAUAAAAGGUCCCGAGUCCCCAGCUCUCCCCAGAUCUGGGGUGUGGACUCCAUCGUGGGCUAGCCAGCCAGCUGCUCUCCUCCGCAUGGAACCAGAGGGCAGCCACUCCUGGGAGGUUGGGGGUGCUCACCGUGGCUCCUCAGGUUCACCUCCACGUGGGUCUGGACGUUGGGCGGGCCUGUCAAGGACAGCGGACGCCCACACCCGGAGCGGCAGCCGGCAGGUGGGGCCCCCCCCACAUCCUGCCCCUCGGGGCCGCCGCACUGUGUGA